UUUUUACUAUGUCACGGCGCGUCCACGUGACGUCAUCACCCCGCGGCAGCCGCGGGGCUAGCAAAGUGAGUUUACCCAGCGCGGCUAACGUCGGAACUCUCCGGCACUACCUGGCGGUUUCUCACCUGAAUCCCGGAGAUAUCAGUUGUGUCUCCCCCCGCAAACACUCACAGAGGGCUGAAUCUCCAUCACCAUGACAGACACAAAGCGCCUCGCCUUUUCCAUCAUCCAGUUCCUCCAUGAUCAACUCCAGUCAGGAUAUCUGUCCUCAGACGCUCAGGAGAGCCUGGAAGUUGCUGUUCAGUGUUUGGAGACGGCGUUUGAAGUUUCCACUGAUGAUCAGAGUCUCGCCGUCCCCAUGACGUUACCAGAGAUCUUUGCCUCUGCCACAGCCAAGUUUCCAGCUCAGUCACAGGCCAAUAACAACACCGCCCCGAGUUCGCCAACAGAAGAGCAGAGAGCUGAGGCGGAGAAUCUAAAAACCGACGGUAACGACCAGAUGAAGGUGGAGAACUAUGCAGCAGCUGUUGAGUUUUACUCCAAGGCCAUCGCCCUGAAUCCUCAGAAUGCCGUUUACUACUGCAACAGGGCUGCAGCAUACAGCAAGCUGGGAAACUAUGCUGGUGCUGUGCAGGACUGUGAACAGGCCAUCAGAAUCGACCCGAACUACAGCAAAGCUUACGGACGGAUGGGUUUAGCUCUGGCCAGCCUCAACAAACACACCGAAGCUGUCAGCUACUACAGGAAGGCUCUGGAACUCGACCCUGAUAACGACACCUACAAAACCAACAUGAAGAUCGCAGAGGAGAAGAUGGAGACGUCCAGCCCGUCUGCAGGUUUGGGUGGGAUUGAUCUCGCUGGUUUGAUCAGUAACCCUGGCUUCAUGAACAUGGCGUCUACUCUGAUGAACAAUCCUCAGGUUCAGCAGCUGAUGUCUGGGAUGAUGUCAGGUGCAUACGGUGGAAUGGGAGCAGGGGGAGGAGUAGGUGCUGGAGGUGGAGGAGUUGUAGGUGGAGGAGGAGGAGCAGGAGUUGCAGCAGCAGGAGGAGAAGAAGGAGGAGGAGGAGGAGGUGGAGGAAUAGGAGGUGCAGCCUCAGGAGCUCAGGGACCUGCAGAUCUGUCCGGCCUGAUCCAGGCAGGGCAGCAGUUCGCUCAGCAGAUGCAGCAGCAGAACCCUGAACUCAUCGAACAGUUAAGGAGUCAAAUCCGCAACCGAACACCCAGUGCAGGAAACGAGGAGCAGCAGUGACAGUUUGGAAUUGUUGGAAAGGUUUGGUGGAGGCAGCAUCUGACUUUGUUCCCUUUCUGAUGUGGAUUGUAUAACUCAACGGACUAUAAGGAAAUGUUUUUUCCACAACUGUAUAUUGGCAGCAUGAGAGAGUGUAAGCGUUGUUUAGGAACACCGAAAACUCCCCUCUCUUCCUGCAGCUCUGUGGGUUUAACGAGGAGGGUUUCAGCACCAGAAACUCAGAUGUUCAACAGCUUGAAAUAUGUUUCAUCUUCUCUGAAAACGGCCGAGUUUAACCGAAAAAGCAUUUCUGUCGAUUUCUGGGGAUCUGUGUGUGUGUGUGUGUGUGUGUGUGUGUGUGUGUGUGUGUGUGUGUGUGAGAGAGAGAGAGAAAAACUGGUUUAGUAUAAAUGAACUGAGAACUUGUCGGCCACAUGGCGCUGCAGGAAGGAGGCUGUUUGAACACACUUUAAUUAAAAAGAGCAUCUCACCAUUUUA